GUUCUUUUUCCGCAUUUCGCCGGCUGAACUGACGCAGGAUCCUGACACUUCACCGCCAAUUUACAAGGAUUUUUCUACUGAAAACUAUUUUAUACAGCCCACGAUUGAAAAGCAACAUUUUACAUGAAUGUCAACGCGACUAAGCAUGAGAAAUGAAUCGUUAGUCCUUUAGCGGGAAUUAAUUUACAGACGUUAUGGUAACGUUAGCGUGACGGCCGGUUUAACGUUAGCUAACGUUACACUUGUUGCAAACUGUAGUGACAGUUUCAUCAGCAGCUCUUUCAGUUAGGGGAGGAGUCGUGCACAUGCAGAGCCCACCUCUGUUUAAGUUUUUGUGUGAUAAAUGGAAGAAUAACGAGUUAAAGAAGAUGAACAAAACUCAAUAGAAGAAGUUACACAGGACUUGGGCUGGGAAUUCAGGAGGUUAAUAAAGGCAUUAAAGUGACAAUGAUGCUGCGAAGGCUGACCCUGUGUUCAAGGAUCCCACUGGAUUUCCAGAGACACGUAUGCCGGUUGCUCAUCAGACCACUGACACAAGUUCCCCAGGGGAGGGCCCAUGGCAGCUCCUUUGCACAUCGCAGUGAACUUCGUAAGGCCAAGAAGAUCGUAGUAAAGCUCGGCAGUGCUGUGGUCACCCGUGGUGAUGAAUGUGGCCUGGCUCUGGGGAGGCUGGCCUCCAUUGUGGAGCAGGUGGCCAUGCUGCAGAAUCAAGGCAGGGAGAUGAUGAUUGUCACCAGUGGAGCAGUGGCCUUUGGCAAGCAAAGAUUAAGACAUGAGAUCCUGCUGUCCCAGAGUGUCCGACAGGCGCUGCACACAGGACACAAUCAGCUCAAAGACAUGUCUUUGCCAGUGCUGGAGGCCCGGGCCUGUGCUGCGGCUGGACAGAGUGGCCUGAUGGCCCUUUAUGAGGCCAUGUUCACCCAAUACAGCACUUGCACUGCACAGGUCCUGGUGACAAAUCUGGAUUUCCAUGAUGACGAAAAGAGGCAGAACCUGAACAGCACACUGCAGGAGCUGCUGCGCAUGAACAUCGUGCCCAUCAUCAACACCAAUGACGCUGUGGUGCCCCCGCCGGAACCCAACAGCGACCUGCAGGGGGUAAAUGUGAUCAGCAUUAAGGACAACGACAGUCUGGCGGCGCGGCUAGCUGUAGAGAUGAAGGCUGACCUGCUCAUUGCGCUGUCUGACGUGGAAGGACUGUACAACAGCCCCCCUGGAACAGAUGACGCCAAGCUCAUUGACAUCUUCUACCCUGGAGACCAGCAGUCCAUCACCUAUGGUACUAAGUCAAGAGUUGGGAUUGGGGGCAUGGAGGCCAAGGUCAAAGCUGCCCUCUGGGCUCUGCAAGGUGGCACCUCAGUGGUCAUUGCAAAUGGCACCCACCCCAAAGUGACAGGUCAUGUCAUCACUGACAUUGUGGAGGGCAAGAAGGUGGGAACCUUCUUCUCUGAGAUCAAACCUGCUGGCCCAACUGUGGAGCAUCAGACAGAAAUGGCACGCAACUCUGGAAGAACUCUGGCAUCUCUGCACCCAGACCAGAGGAGUGAGAUCAUCUGCCAUCUAGCAGAGCUGUUGACUGAAAAGAAGGAAGAGAUUCUGGCUGCCAACAAGAUGGACAUGAACCUCGCUGUAAAUGCAGGCCAUUUGCCACCAGCCAUGCUAAAGCGCUUAAGCUUGUCACCAGCCAAACUUAACAGCUUGGCCAUAGGUCUGCGCCAGAUAGCUGUGGCUGCCCAGGACAGUGUGGGUCGUGUGCUGCGCAGGACCAGGGUUGCUCACAACCUGGAGCUGGAGCAGAUCACUGUGCCUGUUGGAGUUCUUCUGGUCAUCUUUGAGGCCCGACCUGACUGCCUGCCACAGGUGUCAGCAUUGGCCAUAGCCAGCGGCAAUGCACUCCUGCUGAAGGGAGGCAAGGAGGCAGCCAACACCAACCGUAUCCUCCUCCAGCUCACCCAGGAAGCCCUUUCCAUGCACGGAGUCAGAGAAGCUGUGCAAAUGGUGAGCACUCGUGAAGAAGUGGAGGAUCUAUGCCGAUUGGACAAGAUGAUCGACUUGAUUAUCCCUCGAGGUUCAUCCCAGCUGGUGAGGGACAUCCAGCGGGCGGCCAAGGGCAUCCCGGUGCUGGGUCACAGCGAGGGAAUCUGCCACGUCUACGUCGAUGCAGACGCCUGCGUUGACAAAGUCUUAAAAAUUGUCAGAGACUCCAAGUGUGACUACCCAGCUGCAUGUAAUGCCAUGGAAAGUCUGCUGAUUCACAGGGACAUCCUCAGGACCCCAUUGUUUGACCAGAUCAUUGACAUGCUGCGCACUGAACGGGUGAAGAUUCAUGCAGGCCCUCAAUUCGCCUCCUACCUGACAUUCAGCCCAUCAGAGGCAAAGUCCAUGCGGACAGAGUACGGUGACCUGGAGUGCUGCAUGGAGGUGGUGGACAGCAUGCAGGAGGCUGUGGACCAUAUUCACAAGUAUGGAAGCUCCCACACAGAUGUUAUCAUCACAGAAAAUGAGGACACAGCGGAGCAGUUUCUGCAGCAGCUGGACAGCGCUUGUGUUUUUUGGAAUGCAAGCUCACGUUUCGCUGAUGGCUACCGCUUUGGACUGGGAGCAGAGGUAGGUAUUAGCACGGCUCGUAUCCACGCCCGUGGCCCUGUGGGCCUGGAGGGGCUGCUCACCACCAAAUGGGUCCUGAGAGGUGAUGGGCACACAGCAGCUGACUUCUCUGAGAAUGGUACCAUGAAGUACCUCCAUGAAAACCUACCUGUCGGGCAGCCUCUUGCUGGGCAGAGGGACAGCAACUAGACCACAGACUUUUAAAAUACUCACUAAGCCUUGACAUUGGUCAAAAUGGUUUGCAUUACCCAUCAGCAGCUCCCCUGGGGUCUUGUUGUGGAUAAUGGCUGAUGUCACUGUUUUAGACCUCUGAAGUACACAACAUGGAGAGAGACGUUUAACACACCAAUGGUCCAUUCUGUCAGCACAACCAGAAAGUUGUCCCUGUUCAGACUGUACUGUUGUUCACGGACUAAGAGUUUACAAAUGUGUUAAAUUCUACCUCAGCUUAUUAUACUUUUAAUUGAGUUAGGUAAGUCACCCUCAUAGGCUCCUGCAGGAGAUAUGAUGUGGCGAUUACAACACAUAAUACGUCCACAAUAAUACAUUAAUUGGGGAAACUGAGUUAAUUAAGAUUACUUGAGGACAAAGUAAAUACACAAUUCCAGGUUGAAUUUUCUGUAUGUUUCUGAAUGUACAGGUAUUUUGAUUAGAUGAUUUGUAGGUAAUUUCAGACAUGGACUAAUGCCACACUUUGGCAUUUGAUAGUAGAAAUUUUUUUUUCUCUUAGUUUAACCAAAUCCUGGUAUGUUACAGAUUUCCUGUAUUAGAGCUUACAUGAUUAAAAUGUUUGGUAUGACAAACAUAUACAAAAGUAUCAGAAAUUUACCAGUUUUGUUUUAUAGCGACGUGAGUUUAAAAUAUGCUCCAGCUUGUAUGCAUCCAUUUUAUUUACUUUUUUUUUUUUUAUUUAUCUGAUCAUUGUUACAAGUUAUGCUCAUCUUUCCAUGCUUUGCUGCUUUCCUGCUUGUUCCUUGGGGUGCCCAAAGCCUCUGUCAGAGCAGGAACAGUAAUUGACAAGCUGCCUCCUUCAAGCUGGAGGGGAGAACGCAACUGCUUUUAAAUUAAGCUCUGUAACAUUCCAGCCUCUGAGCUCCUAUCUGAUGUCUUGCAAUGCACACUUAAGGAUUGGUUUGGGUUGUUUAACAGCAGUAUUGUAAAAUAAAAAAAUGUUGAAAAAGAA